GGUCAAGGAAGGAACUGUACAAAUUGCACAGCUUCGUGUGUGUCUCCCUUCUUCUCUCUGUAGCUUCUCAUCCUUCCCUAUAUUCCCUUCUGUGACCCUCUCAUACACACUCUCUCGCACGCACCCACAUAGAGAGAGUGAGAGCCUUCACUCCCUCUCUUCUCUCCCAUCAUCGCACAACGCCGCUCAAGGUGCUGUUAGUUAUAAUGAUGUCUGAAAUGGCUUAACUUGAACACACACAUCUUGAGUAGUUAUUGCUCAAGGUUUAAUAGCUUCAUGGCUCGGAAGGAUAAUCAACAGAAGAAUGGACCGAAUCACAAAAAAGGGGUUUCUGGGGGUGUCCUUCCGGGGGUGAAAGGCGGUCAUGCUAAAGGAGGGCGGGUGAAGGUAUUUCCGGGAGAGGAUCUCGCGAAUGGCGACCGGCUGAAUCCUUGUGAAGCUAGUUCUGCUGGUGAUAACAAUAACAAUGAGCAAAAAUCUGAGAGUUUUUCGUCGAAGGAAAAGCAAGGGGUGUUUGCUAAGCAUGGCAUGGAGGAACCAUUGUCCUUUGGGAGUAGUUCACGGGAUGGCAGUGUGAAUCCUGAUGUUCCAGUACAGGAAGUAAAUGGGAGUUUACCUAGAAAUAAUCAAGGUCAACAGAGUUUGAAGAGUAGAUUGAGCUAUUUACUCGAAGGUUCGCACAUGAGAAGUAUGGUAGAAAAUUUAGAGCUUGCUGAUAAUGUGAUGAUUAGGAGAUUAAGGUUGACUGCAUCUUCUAUUUUCACAGCAGCUAACGAGUGGCUAACCAAGCAGAAGCCAUUGUUUGAAUCUUGUAGAUCCUCCAUUUUAAAAGCUCGUGAUAAUAUUAGAAAGAAAGUUGAGCUGGCAUAUCCCAUUGUUCUGAAGUGGCUCAUGCAUUUUGGGAACAUAGUGCUCCUAUUGUCGUUGUUUUGGUUGGACUGUGCCUUUCGGGGUAUUGAUUCAUUUGUACGAAUGGGCACAACAUCCUUCUUCUCUGUUAUAUGGUGCAGCAUAUUCUCGGUGAUUAGUAUGAUUGGGAUGCUCAAGUUUCUUGUUGUCCUGGGCCUGGCUGUUUUGAUUGGAAUUUUUGUUGGGCUCACGCUUGCAAUUUUGGUAGUUGCGUUCCUUGGAGUAGUUAUCUUGUGGUUUUAUGGUAGCUUUUGGACAACUGCAUUUUUCAUCUUUCUUGGAGGAUUGGCAUUUAUGUUAAAGCAUGAACGUAUAGCACUACUUAUCACCACCGUGUAUUCUGUCUAUUGUGCUUGGCUGUACGUUGGGUGGCUUGGUUUGCUAGUGGCUUUCAAUUUAGCUUUUAUAUCAAGUGACGUUCUGAUAUACGUCCUCAAGAAAAGCAUAGAUCAACAGAGCAGAUCCAAUUCUUUUGAGCAAAGAGCUGGAAUGCACGGCCAACCAGGUUUCGCAAAUGAUGAACCAAUGCAGGCUUCUUCCUCUGAAAAUGGGCCGGGGCCAUCUUCUGAUCGUAAUGCUGGAGUCCCAUCAACUAGCGGGGUUGAUUCUGAAGAUGAAAUUGUCCGAUUGUUGAACUGCUCUGAUCACUAUUCAGCAAUGGGCUUUACGCGAUAUCAAAAUAUAGAUGUUUCAAUACUGAAGCGGGAAUAUAGGAAAAAGGCAAUGCUAGUACAUCCUGAUAAAAAUAGCGGUAUUGAAAAGGCUGCAGAAGCCUUUAAGAAACUUCAAAAUGCGUAUGAGAUUCUAAUGGAUUCCUUGAAGCGUCAAGCGUAUGAUGAUGAGCUAAGGAGAGAAGAGCUUUUGAGUGUAUUUCACAGAUUUCAAAAUGCUUCCAAUAAGAAUGGUAGACAUGGAUUCUUUCCAUCAGGAUUUCCUCGGUCAGAUGCGGAUGCUGAGGAUCCAUUUGGUGAUUCGAGGAGAAUAGCUUGCAAAAGGUGUGGUGGCUUUCAUGUCUGGAUACAUACCAAGAAACAGAAGUCUCGGGCAAGAUGGUGCCAGGAUUGCCAAGAUUUUCAUCCAGCCAAGGAUGGUGAUGGAUGGGUUGAACAAUCUUCCCAACCAUUUCUUUUUGGCUUAUUGCAGAAGGUUGAUGUUCCUUCUGCUUUCGUGUGUGCUGACAGCAGAAUAUAUAAUGCCACUGAAUGGUAUAUCUGUCAGGGUAUGAGAUGUCCAGCAAAUACUCAUAAGCCAAGUUUCCAUGUAAACACCAGUUUAGUGUCCAAGAGUAGUUCUGGUAAAGGAGCUAGUUCAGGUCAAAGAGGUGGGCGGAUGCCAACACCUAAUAUGGAAGAAACCAUGACAGAGGAAGAAUUCUUUGAGUGGUUACAGAAUGCAGUACAGACAGGCGCGUUUGAGAAUUUCAAUGGGAGCUCUGCAACAGAGAACCCAAAUGCCAAAUCUGGGAAUGAGAUGAAAAAUCCUGGCAGUGGUAGUGGCAGCGGCAGCAAGAGAAAGAAAAAGGGGAAAAAGCAAUGGUGAUACUGUUAAGCAGAUCAUGUAUUAUCUUACUGAUAGUAUUGCCUUGAGCACUUUGAAAGCUUGUAAGUUUCAAAGUCUCUAUCUGUUGUUGAAGCCCUAUAAUAGAGUUGGAGCCCAUUGUACAGCGUUUUGUUGCCUGGGUAUAUUUUUGUUGUCCAAUAAUUUUUUUUUAUCCCUCUAGCCUGUAAAAUUCAGCAUUGUGGUAUGAUUUUCCUUGUCAUGUGCAAUCUGAAGCAACGAGGAACAAGCCAUUAAAGAUGGGUCUUCCUAGCAAGCAGAUGAAAAUGCCAUGCAUGGAUUGGUAAACCAGAGGCAAACAUUGUAUUGAGCUGCAACUUUCAACCAGCAUUGUCGACCCUGCAAUUCUUGACCAGCAUUGUCGACCCUCCCUUUAGAUAGAUCAUGUGGUAAAAGAGCUGGCUCCCCCCUUCCCUUCCCUCAGACCAAAAGAAAAGAAAAAACAGCAUUGCCGGUACUAGUGGCUCAGGCAACACCGUUGUGUUCAACUUAGAGGUGAAAACAUGAGUUGCCACACUAAUUUAUAUCAACCGCAAACUCUUAGGAGGAAGCAUGUGUUUUCAAGAAAUCUCAGAUUUUCAUUUCA